AUGUCCCCGCCUUGGGGACAGCUCCUCAGCUGGCCUCACGUCUCUGCAGCUCCCCUGACACCUGCCUUGCAUGUAUCUGUUUCAGGGCUGGGAGAGGGCUCUGCCCUCCUUCAUCCGGACAGCAGGUCCCACCCCAGGUCCUUGGAGAAAAGUGCCUGGAGGGCUUUCAAGGAAUCCCAGUGUCACCACAUGCUCAAACAUCUCCACAAUGGUGCCAGGAUCACUGUGCAGAUGCCGCCUGCCAUCGAGGGCCACUGGGUGUCCACCGGCUGCGAGGUGCGGGCGGGCCCCGAGUUCAUCACCAGGUCCUACCGGUUCUACCACAACAACACGUUCAAGGCCUACCAGUUCUACUACGGCGGCAACCGCUGCACCAGCCCCGCCUACACGCUGGUGGUCCGCGGCAAGAUCCGCCUGCGCCAGGCCUCCUGGAUCAUCCGCGGCGGCACCGAGGCUGACUACCAGCUGCACCGCGUGCAGGUCGUGUGCCACUCAGAGGCCGAGGCGGAGCGGCUCGGUCAGCUGGUCAACCGCACGUGCCCUGGCUUCAUGCCUGCCGGGGCUCCCUGGGUGCAGGGCGUGCCCUAUGACCUGUGGCGGGAGGAGGGCGGCCGCGAGUGCACCCGGGCCGUGAACUUUGCCAUGCACGAGCUGCAGCUGGUCCGCCUGGAGAAGCAGUACCUGCAGCACAACCUGGACCGCCUGGUAGAGGAGCUCUUCCUGGGCGACAUCCACACUGACGCCUCCCAGAGGAUGUUCUACAGGCCGUCCAGCUACCAGCCCCCGCUGCAGAACGCCAAGAACCACGACCACGCCUGCAUCGCCUGCCGCAUCAUCCACAGGUCAGACGAGCACCGGCCGCCCCUGCUGCCCCCCAAGGCGGACCUGACGGUGGGCCUGCACGGCGAGUGGGUGAGCCAGCGCUGCGAGGUGCGGCCCGAGGUCCUCUUCCUCACGCGCCACUUCAUCUUCCACGACAACAACCACACCUGGGAGGGGCACUACUACCACUACUCCGACCCCGUGUGCAAGCAUCCCACCUUCACCAUCUACGCCAAGGGUCGCUACAGCCGCGGCGUGCACUCCACCAGGGUCAUGGGCGGCACGGAGUUUGUGUUCAAAGUGAACCACAUGAAGGUCACCCCCAUGGACGCGGCCACUGCCUCGCUCCUCAAUGUCUUCAACGGGAACGAGUGCGGGGCGGAGGGCUCCUGGCAGGUGGGUGUCCAGCAGGACGUGACCCACACCAAUGGCUGUGUGGCACUGGGCAUCAAACUACCUCACACGGAAUACGAGAUCUUCAAGAUGGAGCAGGAUGCCCGCGGCCGCUACCUGCUCUUCAACGGCCAGAGGCCCAGCGACGGCUCCAGCCCGGACAGGCCCGAGAAGAGAGCCACAUCCUACCAGAUGCCCUUGGUCCAGUGUGCCUCCUCGGCGCCCAGGGCUGAGGACUUCUCUGAGGACUCCGGGCAGCAUCAGCACCGGAGCCGGGCACCCGGGAGCGGCCCGUGUCCCCUGCUGCUGGCUGGGCUCGCUGGCCUUUGGACUCUGCAGCCCUGGCACAGUCUUGGAUAG